UACAGAUCGAUACAGCAGUCGCUUCCUGGUUUGAGAGCUAAAAGGCAGCGUAGGCAGUUCAAUUCUGCACUCUGUCCGCAGACAGCGAGAGCAACAGAAGCUUGCUUCAUACCUCCCUCCGUGCAGCUAUGUGCGACUUCUCAGAAGACCAAAUUCUUGAAUUCAAAGAGGCCUUCCUCCUGUUUGACCGGACGGGAGAUGGAAGGAUCAGCUACAGUCAGUGUGGGGACGUGAUGCGGGCUCUUGGCCAGAACCCAGUCAACGCUGAGGUGCUUAAGGUCCUAGGCAACCCCAAGGCUGAGGAGAUGAACACCAAAAUGCUGGACUUUGAGCAGUUCCUGCCCAUGCUCCAGGCCAUUGCUAAGAACAAAGACCAGGGCUCCUUUGAGGACUUUGUGGAAGGGCUGCGAGUAUUCGACAAGGAAGGCAAUGGCACAGUAAUGGGUGCAGAGCUCCGCCAUGUUCUCACCACACUGGGAGAGAGAAUGACUGAGGAUGAGGUAGAAACACUCCUGACUGGACACGAGGAUGCUAAUGGCUGCAUCAAUUACGAAGCUUUCGUUCGUCAAAUCAUGUCUGGCUGAGAACCGUCUCAGGAAACUCGUGCGGAUGGUCAUGAACGGUUGAAGAUGAAUAAAUCAACAAAAAUUCUCUCCUUGUGCAUUUCUUAUUGUCAUGUUCUUCUUUUUGGUAUUCCCUUUGUUCAAUUAUUCCUCUCCACAUCAUUUGCUUCUCUAUUCCGCACGUUUGCACUCGUGUAUGUUUUUAUUUUCUGAAGUGCCUUUAUCUUCCUUUGUUAAGAACCCCCCCACAUGGCCUCAUCACUAGUGUCCUUAAAAUGCAGUGAUAUUAAAAGCACAUAGCUGAACGAAGGAGAACUCUUUGCAAUAAAAUCUUUUCAUGCAGCACAGGUCUAUGUAGUAACAUCAUCUCAGAUGCAAUAUAUCCAGUUAAUCCUCAGGUGCUUUAGUGGUGUAUGGUGGUUUAUAGCAGGGCAGUUGCAUCUUCCUUUUGCUGCCUCCUACAACAAGGGGUGAUUUUUAUGCAUAAAAACCUAACAUCUUAACUAAAAGGUCAUGUUGCAAAAAUGUACAAUUUCCAUGUACCAUUUUGUUUUUCCUCUUAAUGUUUGGGCCUAAAAUAAAAUACAAAUUUAAAAUA